AUGGCAGAGAAAAUAAAAGUGCCCACCGGUCUACGGGAGUUGCUACAGGAGUUCACUGUGAGCGUUUUGCGUGAACAGCCCAAGGAUCUGGUUCAAGCCGCUAUUGAAUUUUUCACCAUGAAGAAAAAUGCAGCUGACAAUCGACCACGAAAACAAGGGGAUAGUGAUGAAGAUGAGGAUGAUGAACCGAUGCCUCCACCACCGCGAAAUGUGGGUCGCCGGGCCGGUGUGGCAGCAGAGAGCUACGACCCGGAGAAAGACGAUGAGAGUUCUAACAUCAAAGUUGUGCACCCGAAAACCGAGGCUCAACGUCAGCGUUUAACUCAAGCCACUAAGGACAUUUUAUUGUUCCGUUGUUUGGACGAUGACCAGAUGAAGGAUGUUAUUGAUGCCAUGUUUGAACGACGUGUUUCCCCUGGUGAUAAAGUGAUCACAUUGGGUGAGGAUGGUGACAACUUUUACGUGAUUGAAAGUGGGGUCUAUGAUAUUAUUGUGAAGAUUCAAGGUGAAGAGAAGACAGUCGGCAAGUAUGAUAACAAGGGCUCAUUUGGUGAACUCGCUCUGAUGUACAACACUCCCAGAGCAGCCACUAUUUUGGCUGUUUUGUGGGCCAUGACACGCGAAGUGUUCCGCAGUAUUGUGCUUAAAAAGGCGUUUGAGAAACGUCGCAUGUACGAAGAGUUGCUGAAUCAAGUUCCGAUCUUGGAAAGCCUUAGCGCGUAUGAACGAAUGAGUAUUGCGGACGCGCUGAAAACUCGAAUUUACGAGGACGGAGCACAAAUUCUCAAACAAGGCGAUCCGGGAGACGAGAUGUUCUUUGUUGAGGACGGUGAAGUGUGUAUUAAAAUGAAACGAGUGGGUGAAACAGAAGAGAAAGAAGUGACGAGGAUAGAG